UAUCAUAAAUCUUAUAAAUUGGUUAAAUAUUUGUUGCCUAAUCUAAGAAAAAAAUCUACAAGAAAAUAUACUUCCAUUUUUUAUUAUUUGACACGAAUUCCACUCUACAUCAAACCAGCAAACGGUAAAAAAACUGAAAACUAGAAAUGGCUGAUCAACAACAAUUUUUCCUAAAAUGGAACGAUUUUCAAAGUAAUAUGGUUUCAUCCUUUAAACAUCUACGUGAUGAAAAAUCAUUUACUGACGUAACAUUAGCAUGCGAGGGUCAAACAUGCAAAGCUCAUAAGAUGGUAUUGUCAGCGUGUAGUCCAUAUUUUAAAAGUUUAUUAGAAGAAAAUCCAUCAAAGCAUCCAAUAAUUAUAUUGAAAGAUGUAUCAUUUCAACAUUUACAAGCGAUACUGGAAUUUAUGUAUGCAGGUGAAGUGAAUGUAUCCCAAGAACAAUUACCAGCGUUCUUAAAGACAGCAGAUCGUUUGAAAAUAAAAGGAUUAGCUGAAGCUCCACAAGCGAUAAAACGUGAAGGAUAGAUUAUUAAUUAAUUCGUCAUAUUGUUGUAAAAUGAAAAGCUCCGUAUAGCUGACUUCAUACAAACGUGACCUCAAAUCAUAAAAUUUCUUUUUGUAACUUUACCUCUAAUGGUUGUCAGUAUUAAGUAAACAAUUUUUUUUUAAGAUUUUUAUUUGAAUAUAUUUUUCUCAAUUCAACAUUUUUGUUUGUAUCAUAUCAGUGUUACUUAUCCUACGAAAUACAGUAAAAAAUGCGAACAAUUUUAUUUAUUUAGUAGAAGAAUAUUGGCUUUUAUGCAUUGUGAAAUCGAUACAUUAUGAUACAUAUUUAAUCAGAAACAAAAAUUAAACGUCAACGCAUCCAUAGACUAGAAAAGUUUGAGUUCAUCAUUAAAGAUGGAAAUAUUUCCGGUCCAAAGUAUAUAUUGGAAAUGGAGCUAUAAUUGAACCAAUAUAAACAUCAAGUAUUCUGACUCAUCUUGUCUGCUAAUCCUUUCCUUUGUCUGUGACCCUUCUCACUUAGCAAUACGAUUAUUCAAGAGGAUUGGCCGAUUAAGAAAGUAACAGCUCCUGGAAUUCGGAGUCAGUAUCAAUUCUGGGAUACGAUCUGGUGUUAUUUAUAUGUUAGGUUGGUAUAUUUUUUAUACUCUUGGAAAGAUCCCCAACGAGACUAACUGCUAUUCAAGGAAUACUUGUAGAGUUCUUUCCGAAUGAGAUUUUUAUCAUAAAACUAAGGAAUAACUUGGUGCGUUGAUUUACCCACCCGCUGGGGUGGGUAUACUGGCAUUGUUAACAACUGAUAGUGAUAUAUGUCAGGAUACGGGAUUAUUCUGUUUUUCUUUAAGUUAGAAUCAGUGACAUCCAAACUUUGUUGUAAUUAAAAUAGAUUUGUUCGAAUCGGAAGUAUUUCUUAUCUCCCAACCAUGAUGACUUUAGCCACUCCAGCGAAAACAAACUCUAAAGUGGUGUAAGUAUACGUAACUUAUCUAUUAUCUACAUCAUGAGGCGCACUUAAGUGUUCAACUUUCGACAUUAUAGAAUUAAUCAUGUGUAAUAAUUGAAGCCUUACGAGACGAAUUGCUAUAUUUUUUACUGUAUUUUGAAAUAUCAAUAACAUUCUUUUGUAAAAU